AUGUCCGCUGGAACGAAACAAAUUUCUGGCCAGAAUGCGACGCAGCAUGACCUGGUCCGCGGUAUUUGGCAACUCUGCCGUCUACACACUUUCGAGGGACUAUCAACCGCCAGCAUUGGAUGGCUUGCAUUGUUCUUCUACGCAAUUGACCAGAAGCUGGCCUUGUCAUCUUUGACAACGCCCUUUUCUGGGAUCUUCGCCAGUUAUUUGGUCACCCACGGUGUGUUUUGUAUGUGGAAUGAUAUCUGUGACCGAAAUGUGGACGGUAAAGUGGCACGGACAAAGAAUCGCCCUCUUCCUUCGGGCAUGGUGACUUACCCAGAGGCCAUGAUGGCCUUUGUCGUUGGAUGUCUGGUUUCUGUGGGGAUCACCUAUGCGACUCUGGGCGAAAGAGUCACCGCAGCAAUGGGCCCAAUUUGGGGCCUGUCUUUCAUCUAUCCCUUAGCGAAACGCGCAAUCUGGGCCCCCCAGAUUGUCCUGGGCUUGACUAUGGCUUCGUGUGUUCUUCCUCCGUGGGUAGCGUUGGGGAAUACAGAGCCGAACGAUUUAAUUCUACCCGGAAGCCUUUUUGGCGCGAUUUUCUCCUGGCUAGUUUAUCUGGAUUUAAUCUACGCCUCCCAGGAUCGUCCCGAUGACACCAAAGCCGGGGUGAAAUCGUUGGCGGUAUUCCUCGGCGAUAAUUUGAAGAUUGGCUUAGUUGUCUUGGGCCUUCUUCAGAUUGUCUUUUUUGCGACGGCGGCUUUUCAGGCGCAGGCAUCAAUAUUCCUGUGGAUCUUUGGUAUUGCAGUUUGGACAAUUUCAAUCCCGUGGAGCAUUUUAUCAUUGAAUCCCCGCGACCGUCACUCUGGAGGCAAGGUUUUCCUGGCAAAUGCGGUCCUCGUUAUCUACCUGGUUGGAAUUGCGGGCGUGGAGGUAUGGACUGCUGCAUAG